CCUGCCCUCAGUUGUUCCAGGGUAAAGAACAGGGGCAGUGCCCACACCCACGCUGUUGGACAUUUCUUCACCAUACCAGUGAGGGUGUAUGUGUCCACGCCCAGCUUCCUGCCUGUUACUCUCCACAAUGUGCCAAGAAUGCCUCUGACUUGUAGCCCGGUGCGCCUUCUUUUGCUUCUACUGUUGCUACUAACAGCCUUGGAGAUCAUGGUUGGUGCUCACUCUCUUUGCUUCAGCUUCACUAUAAAAUCAUGGUCCAGACCUGGACAGCCCUGGUGUGAAGCGCAGGUCUUCAUGAAUAAAAAUCUUUUCCUUCAGUAUGACAGUGACAGCAACAUGGUCAAGCCUCUGGGCCUCCUGGGGAAGAAGGUCCUUCCACUCU